GAGAUGGUCGCAGCUGUUGGGAGAGAGGAAGCUUCGGAUGGGAAGCUCUGGGGCAUAUGUCGGAUUCCGUUCUGGAAUAAUGGCUCAACAGGCGGCGGGAAGUUGACAACGAACUCAGCAUCGUCGUUGACACACCAUCUGCACGAUCUCGACGGUCGUCAGGUCGGUCCGGCGCAGCAGAACUCUGGAUCUCUCAAGGCGGUGUCGUGUACGGCUCGAUCCCCCCAUAAGCUCUACUUCCCAUAUGAACCUGGCGAGCAAGUUAGAAGUGCAAUCAGGAUAAAGAACACUAGCAAGUCUGAUGUAGCAUUCAAGUUUCAAACAACUGCGCAAAAAAGUUGCUUCAUGCGUCCUCCCGGAGCAAUACUUUCGCCUGGCGAGAGUAUUAUAACAACAGUUUUCAAGUUUGUGGAACAUCCUGAGAACAACGAGAAGUCAAUGCUUGAUCAGAGAAACAAACUCAAGUUUAAGAUAACGAGUUUGAAAGUGGAAGGGCCUAUGGAAUAUGUUCCAGAAAUGUUUGAAGAGCAUAAGGAACAAAUUUUAGUUGAGCAAAUUCUGAAGGCUGUAUUCUUGGAUGUUGGGCGCCCUAAUCCACAAUUGGAAAAACUAAAGCACCGAUUGGCUGAGGCUGAUGCGGCUCUUGAGGCAUGUAAAAAACCUGCAGAAAACUCGGGUCCACGAAUUGUGGGUGUAGGGCUUGUCAUUGAUGAAUGGAAGGAAAGGAGGGAGCGACAUCUAGCGCGACAGCAGUUAGAAGGUGCAGCCGAUUAG